GUAGAGAGACUGGAUACCAACCUCUCCCUCCCGAUGGCAGACACUCCAAUCCCAGAGAGCAAACCGGAGGCUUCCAUCUCGCUCCCCGGAGACAUUUCCCACGGCAGAUUCACAAUCAGCACCCUGGUCAGUAAUGAUGAAGAAACCAAGAACAUCUACACCGAGCCUGAAGCCUUCUACGAGAGCCUCAACGCCAAUAAUCCUGCCUAUUCCACCAUCUACCUUAGGACGUUCGGCUAUAACACGCUGGAUGCUGUUCCCAAAUACGAGCACUACGCCAACACCCAGGUGCCCGGGGUGGCAAACACCAACCGGCCCACCCUGGCAGACCUGCAUUGCUACAUUUUGAACAAAGGGCAGAGGUCCCGCCCGGUGAGCGAGAGCGGGACUGAUGGUGAGCCCAGCAAAGAGGAGGGCAACAGAGGAGUGAAAAGCACAGCGCCAGGGAGACAGCCUGUGCGUUUCGGCUGGGUCAAAGGUGUGAUGAUUCGUUGCAUGUUAAACAUCUGGGGUGUCAUUCUGUACCUGCGAUUACCAUGGAUCACCGCACAGGCUGGUAUAGGUAAGGGUGCGAUGGGGGAAUUUCUGAAUUAGUUUAAGAUGUACCUAAUUGAAAGCUCUGAUAACUCUGUUUAUUGUUUUUGUUCUUACAGCUCUGACAUGGGUUAUCAUUUUAUGUCUGUAAUUGUAACAAGUAUAACUGGGCUGUCCAUAUCAGCAAUAUCCACCAACGGCAAGGUCAAGUCAGGUGGCACUUACUUCCUGAUCUCCAGGAGCCUGGGACCGGAGCUCGGAGGGUCCAUCGGCCUCAUCUUUGCUUUUGCGAAUGCGGUGGCGGUCUCUAUGCACACCGUUGGCUUCGCAGAGACUAUGCGAGACAUCCUCAAGGAAUACAACUUGACAAUCGUGGACCCCACAAACGAUAUCCGAAUAGUUGGUGUGAUCACAAUAACUGUGCUCCUCGGGAUAUCGCUGGCUGGCAUGGAAUGGGAAGCAAAGGCACAAGUUGUUUUCUUCAUUGUGAUCUUGGUUUCCUUGGCGAACUAUGUUGUGGGGACACUUAUUCCAGCAUCGAAAGAAAAGCAGGCGAAGGGCUUCUUCAACUACCAAGCUGAUAUAUUUGUUCAGAACUUCACGCCUCACUGGCAAGGUGACGAUGGGUCGUUUUUCCUCAUGUUUUCCAUAUUCUUCCCCUCGGCCACUGGCAUCCUGUCGGGUGCCAACAUCUCUGGGGACCUGAAGGAUCCUGCCCUGGCCAUUCCCAAGGGAACCUUGAUGGCUAUUUUUUGGACUGCUCUUUCCUACCUAGCACUCUCAGCCACCAUUGGCUCAUGUGUGGUUCGUGAUGCUUCUGGGAAUGUGAAUGACACCGUCCCUAUCGGGUCUAUGGACUGUGAGGGCCUUGCGUGUGGAUAUGGGUGGAACUUCACUGAAUGCGCUCAGACUGGAACCUGUAAAUAUGGACUCGUUAAUUACUACCAGACAAUGAGUUUGGUGUCAGGAUUUGCCCCUUUGGUUACCGCUGGGAUCUUUAGUGCCACCUUGUCCUCUGCCCUGGCCUGCCUUGUGUCUGCACCCAAAGUCUUCCAGUGUCUCUGUGAGGACAAACUCUACCCUGGUAUUGGUUUCUUUGGAAAGGGCUACGGCAAGAACAACGAGCCUCUUCGUGGCUACCUUCUCACCUAUUUCAUUGCUAUUGCAUUUGUUCUUAUUGCGGAACUGAACACAAUUGCUCCCAUCAUCUCCAACUUCUUCCUGUGCUCGUAUGCCCUCAUCAACUUCAGUUGCUUCCACGCUUCCAUUACAAACUCCCCAGGUUGGAGACCUUCCUUCAAGUAUUACAACAAAUGGGCCUCCCUCUUUGGUGCCAUUGCUUCCGUGAUCAUCAUGUUCCUGCUGACGUGGUGGGCAGCCCUCAUCGCCUUCGGCAUUGUCAUCUUCCUCCUGGCUUACGCCUUGUACAAAAAACCCGUCGUAAACUGGGGCUCGUCUGUUCAAGCCGGCUCCUAUAACAUGGCCCUGUUGCAUUCCGUGAGGCUCAAUGAAGUGGACGACCACAUAAAAAAUUACAGGCCACAGUGCCUGGUUCUCACUGGUCCUCCUAACUUCCGUCCAGCGUUGGUAGAUUUGGUUGGGACUUUCACCAAAAACCUGAGUCUGAUGGUGUGCGGAAAUGUGCUGUUCGGUCCACACAGACAGAAGGUGCAAGAAGGUACCUCAGACGGACACAUCAGGUGGCUGCACAAGAGAAAGAUCAAGUCCUUUUAUGCGGCGGUGGCUGCAGAUGAUUUACGGAGCGGAAUUCAAAUGUUAAUGCAGGCUGCAGGUCUCGGCAGAAUGAGGCCCAACGUCAUUAUGUUGGGAUAUAAAAAGAAUUGGCAAUCAGACUACCCACGGAACAUGGAAAAUUAUAUUGGCAUCAUCCACGACUCUUUUGAGAGUAAUUAUGGUGUGUGCAUCAUGCGAGUGAAGGAGGGACUUGAUAUUUCACGAAUGACGGAAAUGUACGUGAACCCGACAUUUGAUGCAAGGGAAGAUGUGAAAACAGUGGAAAACAGAGUCAGUGGAGCUGCUUCAGCCACUGGCACAAACCCUAGUAAUGCGCUUGGUGAACAUCAGACAAGCACAAUCUUCCAGUCCGAGCAGGGCAAGAAGACCAUUGACAUCUACUGGCUCUUUGAUGAUGGAGGCCUGACCCUCCUAAUUCCUUAUCUGCUCUCUCGGAAAAAGAGAUGGCGAAACUGCAAGGUCCGUGUGUUUGUGGGGGGUCAGAUCAACAGGAUGGACGAGGAGAGAAAGGCGAUGAUCACUCUCUUAAGCAAAUUCCGCCUGGGUUUCAGUGAAGUCCACGUCCUCCCAGAUAUUAACCAGAAGCCACGACCUGAGCAUGUGAAGAGAUUUGAGGACCUGAUCGCUCCUCACAGGCUGAACGAUGGCUUCAGGGAGGAUGUCCUUAUUAACGAGCUCAGGAGGGACUGUCCCUGGAAGGUGUCAGACGAGGAGAUCAAGAGAAACCAGACAAAGUCGCUCCGGCAAAUCAGACUGAAUGAGAUUUUACUGGAUUACUCUCGUGAUGCCGCUCUGAUAGUGUUGACAAUGCCUGUUGGACGACAGAACAAAUGUCCGAGCUCCCUGUACCUGGCCUGGCUGGAGACCCUGUCCCAGGACCUGCGGCCCCCCGUCCUCCUAAUCCGAGGGAACCAGCAGAACGUCCUUACCUUCUACUGCCAAUAGCACUGGAGAAGGAGUCCUCCAUUUCACCUUCCCUCUCUCCCUCCCUCCCUCAUUCCCUUUUGCCCACAAGAAAAUACAUACAGUCAAUUCACUUUACAGUCUAUUCUGUGAAGCACUUUGAGAUGUCUCGGAGACAUGAUAAGGUGCUAUAUCAAUGCAAGGAUUAUUAUUAUUAUUAUUCCUCCCUCACUCUAACACACUGUAAUCCUGAACAUUCACACUGGAUCUUUUAUUAUGAAGCAAGGACAAUGGUUUUUUUCUGUAUCACAUUGGAUAAUAAUGUUGUUAUUCUCCUGACGUGAAAAGCACCUUACCAAUGUAAAUUGUGAUUAUAAAAGUCUUGCACACCUCUGUCGCUUUAAGGAAAGUAAAUGGUGGAAAAAUAGCCUGAAAGAAUACAUCGAAAGGUAUCAAUGAAAGGAAAGCACAACUCUGGGGGGGGAAACUUGUGCAGCUUUGUAGUGUGGAUACUUUUAUACAUAAAAUUUCAAGUCUUUGAUUAGUGGAGACACAGACUUAAUAAAAAAUAUAUUUUAAAUGUACUGUACUGCAGAGUUUGGGUGGAACCCACACAAGCGCUGGGGUUCAGUGAAAAGAUUCUCGACUGCGGACGGAACUGGUUGUAAAAUGGAAGACUUGUUUGCAUCACUAAAUGGAUGCCACAAUGAGUCAUUGUAGAGUUUGUGACAUUAAAGGCGCUGUAAUAAAUACAAAUGUUAUCAUCA